GUGGAUAAUGGAGAAGGUCCAAAAAUUGCACAGAAAGGCCCAAAGGGUCCAAAAGAGUCCAAAAAAGCGGUCCAAAAGCGGUCCAGGAGGGUGCUAAGGCUUCCUAGUCAUGCUACAGGGUUACGCCUGUGUUCCCCUUUCAAUACUACACUGAUUUUAACAGAGAAAUUGCAUCAAGACAGUGUUGGUUAA